AUGGCCGCCGCCGCCCUUGCCUGUCGCCCGCUGGCCCGCGCCACCGCCGUUGCUGAACGCUGGUCGGCUGUCCGCCGGCACCUGCUGCCCAUCUGCCGCCGCACCUUCGCCGCCGCGCCCCCUCUCCAUGCCGCCGAACCUCUCCGCCCGCCGCCUGUCAAACGCGGCUCCCUCGCCUCGGGCUCCAUCUUCGCGGACGGGGAGGACUUCCCAAAGACCUCCACCGAAGGCCGCGUUCCCCGCCGUCGUGCGCAGCCCGUCCCCGACACCGGCGAUGCUGCCUCCCUCAAUGUGCCCCUGGUGGAGCGGGACUCGCAGCACCUCGACCGCGCCCUGAAUCCGUUCCCGAACCGCCGCGCGCGAUGGCACCGUAAAAUGGUCAUUCGAUCCGUGCGCCGCCGUGGCCGCUUGACCGCAAAGGAGCAGAUCAUGCAGUCGGAGCGCGAGUCGUCUAGCAAGUCGCAUUUCUUCAAGACCUCGCUGAAGAAGCUGGGCCCGCUGGCCCGCCAGAUUGCCGGCAAGAACAUCGACGACGCCAUUUUGCAGAUGCGCUUCAGCAAGAAGAAGGCCGCCAAGGACGUCAAGGCUUUCCUGGAGCACGCGAAGAACGAGGCCAUUGUCUCGCGGGGCAUGGGCCUGGGUCAGCUUCCCAUCCCGAGCGAGACGAGCGAGCAGAGCGAUCAGAGCGACGCCUCUAACAAGCCCGACGCCUCGACAACACCGACAUCGACUCCUACAAACACCGUUUCGCCCGUCCACCUCCGGCUCAAAGACGGCACCCGCCACACCGUGGCCGAUCCCACCUCCAUCUACAUCUCGCAGGCCUGGGUCGGCCGGGGUCCGUUCGGCAAAGAACUAUCCCACCGCGGCCGAGGCAACAUCCACAUCCUGCGCCCUCCCCACACGUCCGUCAGCGUGGUGUUGAAGGAAGAGAAGACUCGCAUCCGAGAGUGGCGCGAGCGGGAGGAGAAGCUGAUCCGCCAGCGCAGGACCAAGGUGUGGAGGCAACUGCCCGACCGCAAAGUGACCAUGCGGAACCAGUUCUAUGCCUGGUGA